ACAGUUGCGGAAACUUGAAAAUACGAAACUUGAGGGGUUUUAGAAAGUCAACUAGGUAAACGGGAAUUUUUCUCGACGUGUUUCUUUACAUCGCGAUUCUGCACAGAAGCAGUUCACCAAUAUCGAUCGUGUCAAUCAUUUCUAUUCAUGUCUUCCGCACCGUACGAGGAGGGGAAUAAACAUCUGCAAAACGGUUGAUUUUUAAUGAAUUACGUUUCCCGCGUUCUCAAUUUCGAACAGUUGGCAGCCCCUAUCGAGUGCAUGGGAAGCAGUGGGAAGCAUACAAGCAGCGGUAGAUCAGGCACAAAGGCUGCCAGUCUUACGGACUUUAGAGUGAAGGAAAAGGGUGCCGAAAUUUGGAGUAUUCUGCUAUGCCGGCUCGAGCUUACACUGGGAUCCCGUAAGACUAGCCGAUGUACAGGCUCGAUAAAGUAGCGGUGCUAAAGGCAGUCGACUCCGCUCGACACGGACGCACGGGGGCGGGGACCGGAAAUCAGAGUCGACUGGUAUCGCAGGGUGAUGAUAACAGAGCGGCUAGGGUAUUACAAAUGUGGGAAUAAACGGUGUGCUGUUUCGCUCCUCUCACACCGCCCGGUGCUCCAGGUGUAUCGGGUAAAGGGGUAAACCUUUGUUCGAAAGCUCGCGUGUCGCUCAGGGGAGUUGAGCCGAGCCAAUCGACCGAAGGAAUCAGAGACACUCAAGAAAAUCGAGCCAGCCGUCGCGGCAGCCGCGAGCGGCGAAAACUCAAAACUGUGCGAACGCCGUCCGUGCGGCUGAAAUUCAUCGGCCAUAUUUGACAGAGCAAGAGAGAGACAGAGAGUGAGCGAGCGGGGGAGGAGGAAGAGAAGGCGGAGGAAUAGGAGGAGGGCGAACAAGCAGCAGAAGACUGAUUUGAAGCGAACGAGGUUCUAGGGGGGGCCCGCUUCAAACCGUCCGAAAUUCUCAGGAACGAGAGCUCAAAUCCUUGACGACCUAUCGCGCGAUUCAAAAAGAUCAUCGAGGAGCCGAGGACGUUCGAAUUACGCGGAUAACGGCCGUCCGUCCACCGCGAGCCCCUUUCAUCCCCCCCGUCUCUCUCACUUCCGCUGAUAAAGAGCGCUAACUAAUACGUAUACUCGGAUAAAAAGUAGCGAAGAAGGAGAAAUCGAAACAACUGAAAGAAGCAAGAAAUACAUCGCGCUCCGACGGACUACCCAUCCAAUCACGUUUUUCGUAUUUGAAUGUGGAAAUUCGUGAGACGCGAGUUAUCGAACUUCAGUUUCGGGCGGUGAUUGCGGCAAGAAGCAGGAAGACGAGAGCUGGGCGACCGACCCUUGUACAUAAUCGGGCAUAACAGCCCCGGCGUGUGUAAACUGUGCGUGUUUUCUCUCGGUGUUGUAUAAGUUAGUGCGCGUACGGCAGGCAGACGGGCAGGCAGGCAGGCAGGCAGAGGUUCUCGUUUCCUCUCCGUCGUUAACCAUUUUCCGUACAAACCUCCUCGUACGCCCUUUUCGCAUGGGGUCGAGGAGGUCGGCCGCGCGGCUUGCAAUUAAUCGUGAGAACAACGAUAGGAAAGAUUGAGAGGAGAGAAAAGUAACUGAAAACAUUUACGUGCGUGCGCGCGCGCGUGUGUGUGUGUGUGUGUGUUUCACUUUUUAUACUCAUAUAUGUGACCGUUGCAGUAACGUACUAGCUGUUAUCGUCUGCAAUCGCGAGUAAACGAAUUCUGCGCUGAUACAAUUAGGGUAUUAGGUAUACCAUCCCCCUAAUAAACAUGAGCUGUCAAAGGAAUCCGGGAAAAAUCACAGUGCCGGACGAUCUCCGGGACAUACUCCUCGAGUUCACCAUCAGCUAUCUGCUCGAGCAGCCCGGCGACAUCGUCGAUUACGCCGUCGACUUCUUCACGAGACUCAGGGAGACUCGUCAGACCCAGAUUAUAGCCCCCAGCCAGCAGCAGUCGAAUGCCCAGACGUGCUCAUCGACCCCCGACGAGUCGGUCGACGACGAACCACCGGUGGCGAGGUUCGCGACGAGAAGGAAGAGUGUUUUCGCAGAGACUUACAACCCGGAGGAGGAUGAAGAUGAGGAAGGCAUCAAGAUGGUGCAUCCGAAGAGCGAUCAGCAGCGGCUUAGGUUGGGUGAAAGCGUUAAGACCAUCCUGCUUUUCCGGGCCCUCGACAAGGAACAAAUGGCCGACGUGCUGGACGCGAUGUUUGAGAAAACGGUCGAAACCGGUGAUUAUAUAAUACGGCAAGGGGACGACGGCGAUAAUUUCUAUGUCAUCGAAAAGGGUAAAUUUGAGGUUUACGUCAAGGAUCCGUCAGGUGCUGAUGUCCUGAUACACACCUAUGACAACAGCGGUGCCUUCGGCGAAUUGGCACUGCUCUACAACAUGCCAAGGGCGGCGACGAUCAAGGCCAUCACUCCUGGUACCCUGUGGGCGAUGGACAGGCAGACCUUCCGACGAAUCCUGCUAAAGUCUGCGUACAAGAAACGCAAGAUGUACGAGGAUCUGAUCAAUAAAGUUCCCAUGCUCAAGUCGCUCGAGAAUUAUGAACGCAUGAACCUGGCCGAUGCUCUGGCGCCAAAACACUUUGCCGAUGGCGAGCUUAUAAUAAAGCAAGGCGACAUCGCUGAUGGAAUGUAUUUCGUUGAGGACGGCGUGGUCAAAAUUACUAUUCUCGGUGAUAACGGUAGAGAAGUUGAGAUCAACCGCGUACCUGCCGGUGGCUACCUAGGUGAGUUAGCCCUGGUCACGCACAAGCCACGAGCGGCGUCAGCUUACGCGGUCGGCAACGUUAAGCUGGCAUUUCUGGACGUCGAGGCUUUUGAACGUCUCCUCGGCCCCUGCAUGGAAUUGAUGAAACGAAAUAUCGAGGACUAUGAAGACCAAUUGAUCAAGAUAUUUGGAAGCAAAACUAACAUCUCUGACGUUCGAUGAACAUCUUGAUGUCGACGACGAUUAUUCUUAUUCUUCUUCUUCCAAUAACACCACAACACACAACAACAACAACAACAAAACACGCAACCAUCGGCACAAAAUAUAGGAAAACAUGUAUGCGACAAACUUACUUAAUUAAUUGAUCGACUACAUACGUAUAGAUACAUUAUAGACGUAUAAUCACACUUAGCAUGACUCUAAAAACGUCUAAACCAGAGUAAACUUUAAUCAAAAAAAAUAAAUAAAUAAAAAAAACGAAGAAAAGAAGCAACAAAAAAAAAUUGAAUAAUCUACCACCGGCUUUGUUCAGCACCGAUUUUCAACCGCUACAUGAUCCUGAUAUAUUCUUGUCAAAAUCGCUAUUAUCGGUGUAUAUACAUGUACAUGUACGUACUCUUUCGGAUAAUGACAGAGUAUCAUUCGUCAUUUUAACUCAACAAUACUAUAAUACUUAAUUUAUUAUUUUUAUCUAGUUAUUUAUAUCGUACCCAUUGGGACCUCUCUCACUUUCUCUCUCGCUCUUUUCUCGAGUUAGUUUUAGGUUUCCAUUACUUUUUUUUUCGUUUUUUCAUUUUAUUUUUCAUCCCUAUUGUGUUUAUUACUUGUAUUAUUUCGUAUGAUCAAUCGAUCGUCUGAUCGGUACCCCGUUGUAUAAUAUUCAUUGGCUCUGUAAUGCUAGUAGACAUUAGAUCUGCCUAACUUUGAUUAUUCAGUUCGCUUGUGUGAAAAGUUGACAGUGUAAACAGGAAAGAAAAUACAAAGCACGGUUAUAUUGUACACAUGGUAUAUAACGUUCGAGUAUUAGUAUUAAAUCGUUUUCACGAAUCUCAACUUGGAAUACACGUUUCCAUGUUUUUUUAUCUCAGCAUAAAUUUUCCUCUACAUAACACGCGCGCGUCCUAACAAAACGAUAGUCUUAAUUAUGAAACACUUAUGAGAAAUGUAUAUUUAAGAAAUUUAUUUUCAAAACGGAAGCUACAAAUUCAGGGGGAAAAAAUUAAAGCAAGCCACAGUGAAUAAAUUUCUAUGUUGUUAUAUUCUUAUUUUCUCUUUCUUCUCUGCCUCUCUCCGUCUCUCAAUCUCUCUAGGAUUGAUCGGAGGGUGCGUGAUAUUUGGAAUUAUGAAAAUAAUGGGGCGUUUUUUUGCGUGAAGAGAAACAAGGGAUCAAGAGAGAAAACAAAGCACAGCAGAGGGAAAAAAUAUUAUACAGAAAGAAUUGAGAGUUUCAACAAAACAAUAAGUAGCCAAAGUUUUAAUGUUCAAGUCAAUGCUCAAGUCUUUUUUAAUGUCCAAAUAUUUUUAUUUGUUCUUCAAUCGUUUGGUUCUUACUCUUCCUUCUUGUCGUGUCUCUCGUUUUCAUUCGUCUCAAUUUACUACAACUAUACUUGAAUCCUACGAAACUGAUUCGGGCACAGGCUUUACACAGCGUAUUAAAACGAGCUUCAUCACUUUUUAAACUGAACUAUAAUUGAUAAUGCUCAUGUCGCACAAUACCUUACCAUCGUAAAUAUUAUAAUAUAAGCGAUAAUGCGAAUUUUCACACAAACUCUGUCCACCUUAAUAUUAAACACCCGUGUAUAUCUAAACUAUACUGUACUAUCUAUACAGCACUAUUAUUAAAACUAUUAUUAAACUAAAUUGAUGUCGUGGAAGAGGAUAGAAGAAGUGCAAAGGAAUAAUAUAGGUACAUAUAUUCUGCUGGUGGAAUAAGUAUAUAUUAUCGAAACAAAUAUAUAUAUUUAUUAAUUUUUAAUCACACGCACUUAUGUUUGUGUAUUAUUAUUACUACAAAAACUAAGAGAAAAUAAGAAAGAUAUAUUAUCGUGCCAUUGUAAAGUUGUGAUAUUGUGUUACGAACGGGCGAGUUCACCGCUUCAUCUUCUGUCCUUCCUAAUCGUCGCCAAAUAAUUUUUUUCAAACUUUUCAAGCCUAAUUAUGAAAUCAACGUACGCUAAAUUAUCGACAAAAAUCCGCCCUGCAUAAAAAAAAAAAAAAAAAACUUACGUCUGUUAAUUGGCCUUUUAUUUAUUUAUUUAUUUAUUUAUAUUCUCUGAUUGUUACGAUAAUGACAACAUAAUUUACCGUCGCUUCUUUUUUUUCCUUUUUUCCCAUGCAUUUACCUUCCUUAAACUCUUUUUCUAUCUCUCUAACUAUCUCUUAGUGUUAAUAAGAAUAAAGUAUGUACACAUGUACAGAGGCGCGCAAAGCCCGCCUUCUUCACGGUGACAAUCUAAAAAGCAACAGGAAAAAAAAACAUGUUAUGAAGGAAUAAAUGGAUACAAUGAAUGUUUAAAAGUUGCAAAAAAAAUUAAAAUAAAAAUUACCAAAAAAAAAUGAAUAAAAAAAAUGAAACAAAAACUCGCAAGAAAGAGAAACAAAUUUAAAAGAAUAACUCACUGCCAAUUACAGUUGAGAUUAUAAACAGUUUGUUGUUACGGGCUUAAAAUAUUGAGACGUCAUGAUUUGUCGUUUAAAAGAACUUGCUUUUCAACUAGCUGACUGUUUGUUGUAUUCCCUAUUUGAUGGUUGUAUAAAUCAGAAUCUUGCAGAAUGAAGGGUGAAAAAGAAAAUAAAUUUGAAAAAAAAAAAAAUAAAAAAUUAACCAAGAAAAUCGUAGUCAGUACUCAUCGUAUUGCGACGUAUAAUCAUAUUUCAAAACAUAUUUCUUC